AUGCCGAUUCCCGCGGGAUCCGACGCGACGACGACCACCCACGGCCGCAGCCCGCGGCGCCGCGGCGGCGCGACGCGGUGAUACGGUGUGCGGCGACCGGAGAUCGCGGCGGCGGCUCGGCGCCCCCGCGGACGACCAUCGCCGUCGUCGGCGUCGGCGGCGGCGGCGACGACGCUCUCGCGUGCGGUGGUGGGACCUGUCCCACGGUGGUGGAUCGCGGCCGGAUCGUUCCUGAGACCACCGCAGGUAACGGUGCUUCCUGGUGCUCCCACGGCAGCGGUUCUUUCCCCCUCCCGCUCGCGACGGAGCGAGACGGUGUGAACGUUCGCUGCGAAUCUCACGAUGGGAUCCGCGUGUAAAUUGUUUAUCAAUUGCAGUUUAUCUCGGACAUGAGCAGAGAAUAUUUUGUCUCGCUUUUAGCCGCGAGACAAAGAGUCUCGCGUGGACGAAUGUCGUAUAUUGAGGGUGGAUUAUUGAGCACAGGAUUGUUGAAACUUUGUUCUUAUUAACGGAUCUAAUUAAACCGAGCUGUGUGAAAUAACGUGAUUUACAAUUGCAGCUAAUGUAACGCGCACUCUUUCCAGUUGCACACGCAUGAAAUGGGUAGCUCUUGGUGGCAGUGCGCCGCGUGUCUGAGAACCCAGGAAGAAGACAUCUGCGACCUGCAGCUGAAUCACUGUAAUCUCUACGAUGUACCACCCGAUGUGUUCAUUUACGAGAGAACGUUGGAAAAGUUGUAUCUCGACGCCAAUAGAAUAAGAGAUCUUCCCAGGCCGCUAUUUCAGUGCCACGAAUUGAGAGUACUGUCGCUUAGCGAUAAUGAGAUCACUACGUUACCACCCGCCAUAGCGUCGCUGAUCAACCUGGAGUACUUGGACCUCAGCAAGAACAGUAUAAGAGAGUUACCGGACAACAUAAAGGAGUGCAAGAGUCUCCGCUCGAUAGACAUCAGCGUGAAUCCCUUCGAGCGUUUCCCGGAUGCUAUAACGCAUAUCGUCGGCUUGCGCGAGCUGUACCUAAACGACGCGUACAUAGAAUACCUGCCGGCCAACUUCGGGCGGCUGUCAGCCUUGAGGACGCUCGAGCUGCGGGAGAACAACAUGAUGACGUUGCCUAAGAGCAUGAGCCGCCUGGUGAACCUGCAGAGGCUCGAUAUCGGCAACAAUGAAUUCACGGAGCUGCCUGAGGUUGUUGGAGAUCUCAUCAAUCUCACGGAGCUGUGGAUCGACGGCAACGACAUCAGGCGCGUCCCGGCGAACGUCGAGCAGCUCUACCGCCUGAACCACUUCGAUUGCACGAUGAACGCGAUAAACGCGCUCCCGAUGGAGAUACGCGGCUGGCGCGACAUCGCGAUCAUGAAUCUGUCCUCGAACGAGAUGCUCGAGCUGCCCGACACGCUCUGCUACCUGCGCACGAUCGUCACCCUCAAGAUCGACGACAAUCAAUUGAACGCACUGCCGAACGACAUCGGCCAGAUGUCGAGCUUAGAGGAGCUUAUAAUCACUAAGAACUUCCUCGAGUACUUGCCGUCUUCGAUUGGCUUGCUGCGCAAGCUGCACUGUCUCAACGCGGACAAUAAUUAUCUGCGCGCGCUGCCCGCCGAGAUUGGCAGCUGCACGUCCCUGUCCCUGCUCUCGCUGCGCUCGAACAAUCUGACGCGCGUGCCGCCCGAGCUGGGCCAUCUGUCCUCGCUGCGGGUGCUCAAUCUCGUCAACAACGGCAUCAAGUUUCUUCCAGUCUCCAUGCUGAAUCUCAGUAACCUCAAGGCGUUGUGGCUGAGCGACAAUCAGAGCCAGCCGUUGGUGCCGUUGCAGCAGGAGUUCAACUGCGAGGAGGACAUGAUGGUGCUGAGCUGCUUUAUGCUGCCACAGAAACCGCGGCAGGACCUGGAGCAACUGGCGCAGACCACAGGACCGAUUUCGAGUUCGAUCAUCGGAAACGGCAAGAGGAUAUGUUUCGCUGCUGAGGUAGAUUCCGAAGUCCCCAGGCAACUUCAUCGAGCACCGACCCCUUACCCCAAGGAGUUACGCAAUCUCGCUAGGCACGCUCGUAAUCUGCAUCAUCAGUCCAUUCACGAUCAAAGAAGCACGCCUUUAUCCACAACCUCUGUCGAUCGUCACACGGCGAAGAACUACAGCAAGAGCAACAGACCGGCCGACCCAGGAGCGGCGGAGCACUCGGUGUCGGAAGAGUCGUCCGACGAGGCGAACAAGACCGUGCUGGCGAAGGAGAAGAGCCCGGACAUCCGGGAGGCCAAGUACAUCCGCAAUCCCACGUCCGAUUACGUCGUGAAAGCGCCGACGGUGGCCGAUUACGUCAAUUCCACGUGGAAGCCGGACGAGUAUUCCAAGGCGAACACGGCGAAGAUAGUGGAGUCCGACAAGUUCAUCGAGCCCUACAGGACGACCGCGUCCGUCGACGCGACGGACGGCAAGUACGGCGAGCAGACGCGGUUAUCCGUCGCGCCGAAAUCGUGCGACGUGCCGCCGGCUCCGCCGCCGUAUCAUAUUGCGGCGGCGUUCUCCAAAAAGGCCGCCUUUUUCCAGCAGUUUAACAACCCGAUCGAAGCGGAUACACAUCUGGUACCAUCUUCGCUACCUUUCAACUCGCCCUUAAAUUCAGCCGGGCCGCUACCGGAUGUAACGAAGCGGAAAAGCUUCGACGCGAGCGCGGACCCGGUGUCUGCCGAGGAAUGCGCGUCCGUGUCGUCGGGCGAUCGGGCGAAUCUCGCUAAUUCGUGCGACAAGCCGGCGGACAGCGGGCGGACGAGUUCCCUUAAUCAGACCGGCGCGGACCAGAGUUGCGCACCAAUCCCGAAUUCCGGCGCCGACCCCGAGCAAAACGAUCGUGCCCUGAAGCCGAGCAAAAUUCCCGUUCUCAAGGCGAAACACACGGAGAACUCGACAAGUAACGACACGAGCUCGAGCAGGAGUCCCUCGAGGGAGGAAUACGACGCGGGCAGAACGUUGAGCGCGUACUCCGGCAUUCCCACAUCGCCGGUUACGGGGAAGAAGUACCGCAGCCCGUUAUCAGCGCCGGUGAAGCCGCUCGAUCGCUCGAGGAAGCUGACGAACGGGAACGCCUCGAGUAACAGUCCGUACGAAAACGCCCCGACGACGAACGAGGCGACGACGAGUCCCGUUCAAACGAGUAGGAGCGUCGUCGACGCGUCGGACGUCGCUUCACCCGCUGUCGCUAAGAACGAGAGCAGCUCGAACCGAGACAUAUCGAACCACAGUACGAACGGCAGGUCUCAGGGCGACACGAGCCCCAGCGCCGAGAGCCUCAAGGAGUACGCGAAUUCUACGUCGAACGAGACACCGAGCUUCGAGAGGAAACCCAAGUUCAGGUGGAUGUUUGGCCCUCACAAAAACGCGAAUGUGUACGUUUGUUCGCAGCUGCCCGUUCAAGUGAAGAAAAAUCCAGGUCUCGGUUUCAGCAUAGCCGGUGGGGUAGCGGGUGCAGAGACCGGAAUAAUCGUGACGAAGGUGAAUCCCGAUGGGCCAGCUCAGGGUACUCUCCGGCCGGGAGACAAGAUUCUGGAAGUGGACGGCAUCGACUUCACCAAGUCGGACCACAAUAACGCCGUCGCCGUUCUGCGUGCCACCGGUGCUGUUGUAUCAAUGAUGAUAAGUCGCCACCAAUGAUUGUAAGUCACUUCGGCGGAACAAAGAGGAAGGAAACUUUUUCUAAUUCUUUUAGAUCGCGUACGAUCGCUUUACAUACUUCAGACUGAAUACAUUUUAUAUAUAUAUAGCUCUAUAAUACACAUAUACAUAUAUAUAUAUUUAAAUAUAUUCUUUAAUCAAAUCCGCAAAAAUCGAUAAUCGUUAAGGUUGCGCCACGUUUGCGAGAAAAUAUGAGAUACGAGCACGGCCGGUCCGCGCCGACGUCGCCGGGACUGUUCGCGCCGUUGCGAAUCCGCGACGACGUUCGCGCGGACUGCCGAGAAACGAGAUACACCCACGUCUACACGUACAUCUCUAUAUAUCUGUGUCGAAUAAGGUUGUAAGCAAGCUAGGAUAUCGUUCGUUUUGCGAUUAACGCGCGACAAGGUGAUUUCAUCCUCUUCCCGUGAGAAUCUAUGCUAUAAAGCGUAUGUUAUUUUUUUCAACAAUCUGUCGGCGCGCGGACUGUCCGGUCCGGUCCGCCUGCCAGUGUAGCUCCUCCACGAGUAACUACGACUUGAACAAUAAUGUCUUUCCCGAAAGCUCUCUAAUCCCGCGACACGCGCGCAUCCGCGUGUGCGAACGAUGAUGUUGGUAGAUUAGUCGAUUUACAUCUAUAUCUAUAUGCGUUCCCCGACCACGGGAGCGCCGACAAUGUGCCAGAAAACAAAGUACUAUUUAUUAUCCAUAUACAUAACAUAUUGAGAAAAAAAGAUAUAUAUACUAUGCAUAUAUGAAUAUAUACAUAUAUUAUAUAUAAACAGAUUUAUCUGUAGACAGGUCGGACGAGGCUCCCGUAGAUCCCGGGCGGUGUAAAUAAGUCUCUCGAUUGUUCCCGCGUGUCGAGGAGUUUGUUAGAGAUAUUUCUACGGGGUGUUUCGACGUCGGAGGCCUCGCCUUCGAAUUCGCGGUUUGAAGUCUACUUUUGCUUUCCACGGAACGCACGAAAUGUGGACGGGUUUUUCAUUUGCGAUUGAAAAACGAGCUACCAAUUUUGAAAAGUUAAUAAUUUUUUUUUUUAAUGAAGAUCUCGUUCAGUAAAAUUUUGAAUCGGAAUUUGUAACAGAAACUUUUAGUUUUGAAAUUGGAAAAAUAUUUGAUUUUUAUAUAAAAAAUUUUAAAAUUUUAAUUUUUUGUUAAGUAUCUUUAUUCUUAAAAUACUAAAUUACGAGGUCGAGAGUGGCUUGCGAUUAAUUUUUUUGUUGUUGAGAGAAAGUCGGCUUGGAACCUUCCAAGGAAUUCACGGGCGAGAUUUUGUCGGAAAUGUUGCACGCGACGCACCCCGUGCGUGUUUCCACCGCGAGAUACACAUAUAACGUCAUCGCGCUCUACUUCGUUGUAAUCGAAUCAUUUCUAACGUGAUCCGAUCGUGCGCAGCGAUCUUUAUUAGUUGUUGACUAUCUAUAGUAGUUGUUAUUGCAUACGGCAAAGCUAUAAAUUCUAUGAUUCAACGGAUACCGUGAAGAGGACAGCUCCGGACUGUUGCGAGUCAAGCGGAGCCUCGGAUUGUUCAGCCGAAUGUUCGAUUACGAACGAGUUGCUCGUCGCCUCUGCGGGACGGCAGUUCGAAUGACGUCUGUUUGUAGAUAAUCGAGCAUUCAGGGUUUAUCGAUAAUAAUUGCGCCUCGCUCUGCGGGACCCUCGUCGCUCCCCUUGUCUGGUAGGAGAGAAAAGAAAAUAUUCUUCUAUGUGCCGUACUUAUAUCGAUAAUAAUGUUUAUACUCGUAUCAGUGUCAGUCCUCUGGACGUUCAACAAUUGCGCGUUUUGUCCAUCUAUGGAUAAUAUCUCUCUCGCAUUUUGCGCCUCUUUUCCGAUUUACCCCGUAUCGCGAGAGAUCGCUGUUCGAUCGUUAAUCAAUCCUUAAACACUGGCGUUUGUGACGUUAAUCAAGGAUGCAUUCAAUUCUUCAGUUAUCGCAUUGCGUACAAGGUCAUAUCGUCGUUUAUCUCUUUAACGAUUAUUCAAUGUGUGUGUGUAACAAUAAAAAGUGACCAAAAUUCAAUCAAUGAAACUCGAUUGAUCAGUACAUUAACUUUGAACGAUAUAAAGCGACGCUCAUAAGUUUUACGGAUAGCGCGUCUAUUCGUUUUUUUUUUUAUAUACAUGUGUGAAUGCACGUAAAUUUGAUACAAGUUACACGUCUCGCGCCAGUGCUCAAGGACCAAAUGAAUGUGUACGUGUAUUGUUAUUCGAUCUUUUUAUCAUUAGUGUUCUUAGACUGUCGAGACCACGAAACGCCUUUCGGAACUAACGCGACUGAUUUAGCGACUAAUUUGGCAAUUACUCGCGUUUCUUCCGUUAAUAUCCCGUUGAAGGAGCAAACCCGUACCUUCGUAGGAACCGUUCCCCCGCGACGAUUGUUAGUCGAGCGUGAUAUUCGACAGGUCGGGAUACGACGCUUUUGUACGUCGUAAAAGAGAGGUGAUAAAAGGAAAAGUCGCGGUGGAGAGGACAAGAGGAAUGUAGGACUGAAAAAUGGUAGCACAAAUGAAAUCGUUAUUCGGUUAUAAUAUAUAUAUAUAUGUAUGUUACGUUUAUAUAUAUAUUGAGCGUAUUGUUAUAAUCCAAACCAGUGUGAAUGCAAGACUAUUUACGUGCCAGGCGGUCCGCAUCUUUUCUCUGUUAAAAAUUUCCCCCGCAAAUCCGACUCUCGAUUCUACUUAAAAACGCAAUCGGCCCCUUUCCAUUUGUCAAUCUCGAGUAUAACUUAAUUGCCAAAGUUGCUUUCGCUAAUUAACGAUAAUAUGACGUCAGGCCGUUGAAUAUUACCAGUCGGGAUAUCGGCUUUUUUUAUUACGAGUCCGAAAGAUCCCGUCGAUCGGGAAUCUCAAUCCAAUCGACAGGGAAGAGAUGCCGAGGACCCGGGACUGUGUGUUAGGUAAUUAAUUGUUGUUACUAAGUUAGUGCCCGUCUAUUUGUAUCUUCGUUCUUCGUCGGUGUUACGUAUCAUAAGGUUUUACGGUAAAUUCAAAGAGGAAGAAGCCGCUUCGUAUUUCGAUUUCCGCGUCGGGAGUUAGUAGGAUUAUUCGUACCUAGUCAGACCCGAUAGCAAACGUCAUUUAGCGCCCUUCGCCGACUCACAUCGACAGUUCUCCUUCGUCUCUUGCGUUACGUCCCACGUCUGUCAACGUCGUCGCUAACGACAAUCCGAACUUCCAAUCAGAUUGUACUGGAAAGGAGGUUUUUCGCAAGAAUUGUUUUUUUUUCUUCCCUUUGCACGUAGAAACUCGCGCGAUUAGUUUCCCUCGCGACAUUAGUUCGUUGCUCUUCUCGUCCUGUUGCUGCAUUUAAUUUCGUAGAAACGCGACGGGAUGUAUUGAGUUGAUCAAAAAAUUCGCCCGUCUUCCCCUCUCCUCGACGACUCCUAGAAGAGAAGGAACGAGCGCCUUUCUUGAUCAGCCUGAUAAUUGUUAUUGGAACGUUUCAGAAGGGCCGGGAUUAAGUACGUGUCGGCUGACGGAGAAGUUUCCACUUUCAUGGACCACGAACACACAUAUUGUACUCUUUUCUACUACUCUAAACUAAACAGACUGACUACCUUUUGGAUACCUAUUACAUGUUCAACGGCGUUUCCCGACCAAGACGGGUCCGGCGGUCGCCCCCGAGUCUCGCGAAUUGGUCGGAUCUGAUGAGAGAGUUCUCCAAAGCUUUGCAAUUAAUUAUCCCGCAAUUACGACUACGAUUGCCGGAUUGCCGAAGGGGCGCGCGAGCCGAGCCCGUCCCGCACGGAAACGCCACAAGCGACGCUCGCUAUCGUUAUUGAUCGGAGUGAAUUGCGAAUUAUAAGAUUGAACGCGUGACUGAAGCUCCGAGUUGUACCCAUAAGUGUAUAUACAAUAAGCGACUAAUUGUGCGUAUGUAAGCAAACGUUGAGAAAGCAAUCAAGUGGUCGUACCAUUUUAAUUGCGAUGCGUUUUUUGUGUUUUUUUUACUCUCGAUUUUACAUUUAAGCCGAGCGAAUUUUCCAGGCGAACCAAACUCGUUUAUUUUUUGUGCCAGAGUGUUGUCUUUUUUUCUUUCUUUUUCGACGAUUCGACGCGUUAAACGCCGCGUCUCGCGACGUCCGCGCUUAUCCGGAGAACGAGUUGUCUCUGUGAACGGUACAGCCACUUCGUUAGCGUACGUUAAUUAUGGUUGUCAUUGUAUGAAUAAUUUAUAGUUUGUAACGGUGAUCGAUGUACAAACAGAUACGUUCUACCGGACGUCGUCUUCUGAUAUACGAUUACUAUUGCAUUUUGAAUAUGUUAGUGGAAGAUGUCUGACCUUUAACGAGAAGUCCUAGAUGGUUGUGCAGCAAUAAAUAAAUUAAUAUUUACGUA